AUGAACAGCAACGCUAAGAAACAACUCACCGAGGUCAACGUAUUGGGCGACCGCUUCUUGUGGGACAUGGGCCGCCUCUGCAUGAACGAGCUGUACUCGGACGUGUGGUUCCUUGUGGAGGAUCAGCGCAUACCCGCCCACCGCUUGAUUCUGGCCGCGCGCAGUGACUACUUUCGUGGCCUGCUCUACGGAAGCAUGUGCGAGUCAGCGGAAACCGAAAUUCGGCUGCUAGAGGUGCCGUUGGAGGCAUUCAAGGUAAUCCUGGGCUACCUUUACUCGGGCACUCUGCCAGUUUCCACACUGGACCUGGAUUCCAUCUUCAAGGUGCUUGGUGUGGCCAAUCUUUAUUGUUUGCUGGAAGUCGAGUCGGUCCUAGCCGAUCAUCUGAAACAGAAUGUGGCCGUCGACAAUGUGUGCAGGAUCCUGGAGACAGCGCGCCUAUAUGGAUUUUCUGAUCUGGCCGAGAAUUGCUUCAAGUUCAUGGACCGCGAAGCGUCCAAGCUCGUAAAGCACGACUCCUUCCAAAUGCUCUCGAAGGAAUUGCUUGAGGAAGUGUUGCCACGAGACACCUUUUAUGUCCUUGAAGAUGAAUUAUUCCAGUUUGUAUGGAAAUGGAGUCGCCAAAAUCCGGAUGUGGACAUCAAGUCGUUGGUCCCGUGCGUACGUCUCCCACUCUUGAGUGCCAAACAAUUGACGAAUGCGGUAGGUCUCUCCGGCCUCGUCGAGCCGGCGAAAGCAUUCGACACCAAUCUUGCAGAGAAUGUUCCCUACCGUUACGUAUUUGUGGAGCCGGGGUCAAGUGUUAGACCGGAACGUAUUCUUCGCAGCAAUGUUUGGGACUUCGGCAAGAUGUUUCGAGUUAACCAAAUUAAGUGUAUGCUUAAACCUCCAAUCUGCUGCCACGUGGAUGUCUCCUGCGAUAAGACCCACUGGGAGCGGGUGGGAACCAACAUAACAGCUACUAUUGUGUUCAAUUUACGCUUCACCGUCUUAACAGAACAGGUUAUAAACUUCACGGCGCGUCCCGUUUACUACAUUCGGUUCAUUGGCUCAGGGAGUGGACGUCCAAUUUGGAAAUGUGUUAAGAUGCUGACAGCCGGAAACAGCGGCGACCCGUAA